AUGCCUUUUGGUCGAAAAAAUGCCCCGCAGAUUUAUCAACACCUCGUAGACAACGCGCUGUAUGGAUUUCUGAAAAUCUCGCGAUCAGGCGACGCCGAGACUACAACGGACGUUUUCCAGACAGGGAUCGCGGACGAUCCUGAUCUGUGGCAAAGAGCUUCUGGGGCAUGGACAGGGUUAGGAUAUCUGAGACACCGAGUGUCGAUCGGAGGUUUGGAAGCGAACCUGAAAAACCUGAAAUCUUUGACCGAUCUGCCGUUCCCCGGAUCACUGCGAUCCAUGCAGUCGUUCCUAGGCAGUCUGAACUACUACAGCCGAUUCGUCGAAGACUACGCUAUCUACGCUUCGGUGCUCUAUGAACUGCGCGAGGUGGAGUUUGCAGAACUGGAGAAACGAUCGGAUCUGAGGAAGAUCAUGGACCAGAACGACCCGAUUGCUCGAGAUCACGGCCCACCGGAAUUGCCGUUGGCAGAGCCAUUGGAUGAAAGGUGGAUCAGGGUGCAUAGGGCCUUCAUCACCCUGAAAACCAAGAUCGCGACUACCCCAAUUCUCCGCCACUUCGGCGAGAUGAGAACGCCGGUAGUUAUCGUAUAUGCCAGUGAUUGGGCGAUAUCCGCUUCGUUGACGCAAGAACACGACGGGAUUUACCAUCCGGUUGCGUUCGCCAGUCGCACCUUGAAGACGAAUGAGUUGAAUUACAAUGUGACCGAAAAGGAGGUGUUGGCAUUGCUGAGGAUCUUGGUUCUCUACUACAAUUUACUGAUGGGACGCGAGAUCCGGGUCCUAACGAGGCAUUCCAUGUUAGCCUGGCUGUUAAAGUCGACGGGGUUACAGGGCCACCUAGGGCAAUGGUCAGCCCUCCUGGCCCCGUGGACUCUCGAGAUCACGAAGUGCACGAAGGGCGAAGACGAGAUACUGGGGGGCGACGCCGCCUGCAUCACGCCGUGUUGGGAAUCCACGAUUGACUAUUACUCCGUUCCCUCACUCCAACAAUUGUUGACUCCAAGAGCCAACGAGAACGGGAUCGAAUAUAUCUCGAUAGUCCCUGAGUCGAUCCCUUCCUGGCUAGCGUUGACUCAGUUCCAAUUGUGA